GACUCCAUCCAACGACGCCUCACCGAUUCAGCGCCGGGUUACUGUCGACCGAUCGUGCCUCCUCCUCCUCCUGCCGCCACCCCUUGUCUGAUCCCGUUCAACAUCCGCAUUUUUGGGGACAAAAAGGGAAACGAGGUCGACUGUCAGAUUAUCCGCGGAUCUGUCGAAAUAGCAUUAUGAAGAUCAAGGACGCCAAGAAGCCUUCAUUCCCUUGGUUUGGAAUGGAUGUUGGUGGAACUCUAGUGAAACUAGUUUAUUUUGAGCCAAUUGAUAUUACAGCUGAAGAGGAGGAGGAAGAGGUCGAAAGCCUAAAAAGUAUUCGUAAGUACUUAGUGUCAAAUGUUGCCUAUGGAUCUACAGGCAUCCGAGAUGUGCAUCUUGAACUCAAAGACCUGACGCUUUGUGGUCGCAAAGGAAACCUGCACUUUAUUCGAUUUCCUACGCAUGAUCUACCUACCUUCAUUCAAAUGGGGAGAGAUAAGAAUUUUUCAACACUACAUACAGUGCUCUGUGCCACUGGAGGGGGUGCUUAUAAAUUUGAAGAAGAAUUUCGAACGAUUGGUAAUCUGCAGUUACAUAAACUGGAUGAACUGGACUGUCUGGUCAAUGGCCUCUUGCACAUUGAUUCUCUCAGUUUUAAUGGCCAGGCAGAAUGUUAUUACUUUGAAAAUGCCUCAGACCCUGAGAAAUGCCAGAAGAUGCCUUUCAACCUUGAUGACCCCUACCCUUUGCUUGUGGUGAACAUUGGGUCAGGAGUUAGCAUAUUAGCUGUAUAUUCAAAGGACCAGUAUAAGAGAGUAACUGGAACCAGUUUAGGAGGUGGAACCUUCCUGGGCCUCUGUUGUUUACUUACAGGUUGUGAGACUUUUGAUGAAGCCCUUGAAAUGGCAUCUAAGGGUGACAGCACCAUGGCUGACAAAUUAGUGAGGGACAUCUAUGGAGGAGACUAUGAGCGCUUUGGUUUGCCAGGAUGGGCAGUUGCAUCCAGCUUUGGCAAUAUGAUUUGCAGGGAGAAGCGAGAUUCAGUCAGCAAAGAAGACCUAGCAAGGGCUACAUUGGUCACCAUUACAAACAACAUAGGAUCCAUUGCCCGUAUGUGUGCACUGAAUGAGAAGAUAAAUAGAGUUGUUUUUGUUGGCAACUUCCUGCGAGUCAAUACACUGUCAAUGAAACUGUUGGCCUAUGCACUGGAUUAUUGGUCAGGAGGUCAGCUAAAGGCAUUGUUCCUGGAACAUGAGGGUUACUUUGGAGCAGUAGGCGCCCUACUGAGACUUCUCAAUUCCACUUAAAUGUCGAGGCAUUCAACAUCCUGGUGAAAACUGAAGAUAUGCACACAUCGACACGAUGGUUUAGAAUGGAAAGAUUCACCCAGGGUAACAAAACCUUGUGAAAAUGUCAGGCAAAGUUGAGCCACACUACAGGCUGAUUAUGUUACUAAAGUAUUCUUUCUACUUGAAAAGGUUUUAAAAAGUACAGUUUUUUUAAAUCGGGUCCAAUGUAUUGGGCAUUAAGCCACUGCAUAACUUCUCAGCACAACACUGCUACAAAGUGCCACAUCCACAAGGGUUGUUUGGUUUUGUUAAUCUAAUCUUUAUUUUCCCUUUAUCCCAUCCAAGUGGUCUCCAAAGUACCUUGAGUUUGUACACAUGAAAAUUUUGCUUAGACAUCUGGAACCUCUGACUAAUCAUUUACAGAAAGAUAAGCAUAUUGUUUCAUGGGUGCAAUAAAUAAAUUGUGUGCAAUAGAAUCUGUUAGCGACGUAUCUGCCCUGUGGAGAAUAGUUUUGAUUGAGACAAGGAUCCUUAUUUAGUAAUACAGAUUUGUUUUAAUCACUUUAUUUAGAGAACCUCUGCAGAUAAAAUGCAUACAAUUGAGCAAAAGGGACCACGUUCAGGCAAAACAAAAUAUAUGCAGCAAAAUGUCCAGGCAGGCUAAGGUAUGCAUUUAUGUACACACACCAAAAGUGGCUUUUAUUUAUUUUUUAAAGUAGUUAAUUUUAUUCAGGAAACAUUUGUAUUUUAUGUGGGAGAGGUGGAAUUCUACCUACCUGUGAAAUUACUGGAAAUAUUUCAUUCUCUAAAAUGCCUUAAGCCCACACCAAGAACAUAUAUACUAUAGUACAUCCUUACAAAGAAAUGGGGCAAACUAAACUUGCACAUCACUUGUGUUUAUGUACAUUUAGGAAUUAUACUUUUUAAAGGUAAUGGGGCAUAUUUGAUUGUUGGGUAAAUUAUAUCUGAUCAUGUUGCCUCAUAAACCACCAGGACAGAGUUGAAAUGAGUUUUGUGCUCAUGGUCAAUUGACAUUCCUUAAGGAUGUCUAUUUUAAUAUAUAUGUGAAAUUUACAACAGUGUGUUAAUUUAAUUUUGGAUUAUUUUUGAAAGGUGCAAUGGUCUGUGACUGGUGCCUUCUAUAUUACUGUACGGUGAUUUCAAACUGAGUGGCUAAUGAUUUCAAUGUACAGUAAUGUUGGAAAUGUUGGUAAUAACCCGCUGAUUAAUAGAAAAUGAUGCAGGCAGUAUUAAAUAUCACUGGAUUGUGUUUUUUUCUGCUAAUUGGCUACUAUUGUCAGUCCAACAGUUGUGCAGAGAUUAUGUGCUAAAUUGUCAGUAUAGCUUUCACCAUGUCAUGUGAAACAUGCUUCUAAUCUAAUCUAAGUUAAAAUAACAUAGACAACUAAUUUAAUAAAGUGACCAUAAAUUUUA